AUGGCCGAAGAAGAAAACCGACACCUCCGCAGGGAAAUCCAACGUCUACAAGACUACAUCGAGAACCAACGUAAACGACACACGGACGAUAUCAAAUCUCUUCGUGAUGACCUCCGCGAAGAAACGAAGUAUUCCAAGAAACUACGCGAAAAGCUGGAGGAGGAAUAUAAGCACUGCGAUCGAUUGCGCAAGGACCUCGCGAGCAAGACACAACUCACAAAAGAUCUACGAGAUGAUCUUGACGAUGAGCGUAACUAUUCCGAAAAACUGGAGCGCAAGCUCGAAAAACGGGACAAGAUCAUCAAGGAGCUAGAAGCCGAUCUCCUGGAUUUGGAGGAUGACUACGCGGAGGCACGUAGUGCACUGAAACGUAUGGAUCAGCUCAGACGCGAUCUCGAGGAAGCAAAAAUUCAACGCCUCUACUCAAAACAGAGAGUUCAGCAACUGCAAGACGAAGUUCACAGCUUGCGAUCCACAAGCCGCUCAGCCUCUCCUUCGCAAAGUCCUGCUUUUACUACAACUGCACUGCGAUAUGCACCCUCCGUUACGUCACCUCCCACUCAGGUGCAUGUUCUCAGCAAUACGUCCCACCUUCGUAUUCCCACUGCAUCACCUUCUCGAGCUCCGUCACCUCUACGCCGCGCAGUUACUCCUCCCCCUCGAGCUCCUUCGGCAACUCCUGAGCUGGAAUCUGACUACUCCGAGGAGGAAGAGGAUGACGAGACUGGGAGGCUCACGGAAGAAGAGGAAGUGAGGGAAGAAGUAGCUGAGGCAGAAGCAGAGGAAGCGGAGCUUUCUGCGGAAGCUCAUGAUGGCCGUCGUCCGGGAUCGAACGAGGCAGAUCAGGUUGACGACGCUCCUGGCCAGGAACUUCGUCGUUUGGCAGUUCGAGAGGGACGACUUGCAGACCGGGAAUACGAGCGUGCACGCGAAGCGUAUGCUUCCGGAGAUAAAGCAUUCGCCAAGAAGCUUCAGGAAACAGGCGCUCAACAUCGUAACAACAUGAGGAACUACAACCGCGCAGCCGCCGCUGAGAUCUUCAACCACCACAAUCCAGAAUAUCACUCCAAUCCGAACUCGCGAGUCAAGAUAGACCUACACCACUUGCACGUUCGCGAAGCAGAGGAGUUCGUCAGGACUCACAUUGAAAACUGCCGUAGAGCUGGACUUCAGUGCACUGAAAUCAUUAGCGGUCGAGGAAACCACAGUACAGGCGGCGUUGCGCGUAUUCGACCUGCGAUAUUAGCACUUCUGGACGGCCAACCUGACUUAGAAGUUGACCAACACGAUCCGAACCCUGGUCGAAUCACUGUACGUUUUACGGAUAACUCUAGAUCUGAAGAUACUGGAGCACGAUCAAGGCGUGGCAUGCGAAGCGGGCCAGAACAUGCUGAAUACGACGACGUUUUUGAACAGGGACGUACGCGGUUGAAAGCAGCUACUCGAGCUGCGGAGGAGGUACGGAAUAAUAUUGAGGAGAUCGAACAUGGGAUGAGAACGUUGAGGAUGAAGUCUCCGUCCCGGCUGGGAUUGCGUGCAGCCACUAUGCAUAGCUGA